ACCAUAUGAACCGCGUUUAACCCAAAGAGUAAUGGGUUACUUCUGCCGUUAACUAUUUUUAUUUGUUUAUAUUGUUAAUAGUUUGGGUUUUUUAUUAAUUUUGUAACUUGUAAAUGUAAAUUAAUCUGUAAACAAUGUAAAUUUAAUUGUUGAACGGUGUUAAAGUGGCCAAUUAACUGCCUAUUAAACCACAACCAGGCUAGCUGCUUGUUUUAUGUUUAUGUAAGCUUUCAAAUAGGACAAAAUUAUGGGUAAUUCCUGGUUCCAUUUGGUAUUUAUUGUUGUUUACUUAUCAUAUACGAAACAUAAAAUUGAAAACAGGUUAAUAUACCAAUAACCUUAUUCGUGAUUCUGCAACCAAAUUAUUGUCCAGCCAAUUGCCAUGCCUCGAUUGUAUAUUGUUUCUAGGUAAAAUUAAUAUAACCAGAGUUGAACCUCUGUGUUUUUAUAUAAAAGGAUUGAAUCAAUUUGAGUUUCUAUUCAUCGAUUCAAAUCAACAGCAACAGUAACUACAACUUUAUACCUUUGUCUAAUUAAACAAUCUCGACAAACAAACAUGUCUUCAUACUUGACACUCAUCGUAUCUUUUGCCUUAAUCUUGAUGAUCAACGUUAUAUCAGCUGAUCCCAUCAGUUCAACAACACCAGGACCAGUUGACCGUGAAGUUGUGCGUAAAACAAUUUUGGAUGAUUUAAAUGAAAUGGAAAAGUUAGUCAACAAAUUGGAUGAAUUGAAGCAAACUGAACGACAAGAAAAUGGACCUUUGGACACCGUUCAAGACAUGAUCAGUGACACAACCAAUGGAAUUAGGAAAGCCGCUUACCGUCUUCGCUACCAAGUAUUUAGCAUGUUUCAACGAUCACCAAUUUGUAAUCCAAUGAAAUCUAACUAAUCAUCACAACAACUUACCUAAUCACUACCAUUUUCAUUUAUCCGUCCAUUAACAUCUUAAAUUAUAAAUCGUUACAUUCUUAAUCUCAAGCCAAUUGAUUUUUCAAUCUAAAACCAUGUUAAACCAACAUUUAACUGCCUAUUGAUAACAUUUAUUGUAAUACUUUAAUUUACUGAGUAAAUUGCAUCCAAUAUCAAAA